AUGGUGCACAUUGCUCCGGCGUGCCUACCACGAGUAGGCAUGCCUUACAUGCUCGGGUGUGCGUCGCAUCUGGGCAUGGCAUCGACCACACGGUUUGCCUCAGUACGCACCGCCAUGACAUCUGCAUGUUUGCGAUGGUCUGGUAGAAGCACAACGAGUGGCCAUAGUAUCGGUCGCCUAGUUGGUGCUGGUGGUGGUGGUGCGGGAUUCCCCGUCUCGACACCGUCUCUUUCGCGCUCGAUCCAUACUACUCGCACCGCACACCGUGUGUCAGGAACCAGCGAUCGCGAGACAACACCAUUGAAUGCGAGCACAGGGGACAAGCCAAAGACGCCAAAAGACAGGCCUAGCGCCUUCUCGCAGGUCGUCACGACGAUGCGAGAAAUGGCGACGUCCCGGCGUGCUGAUGCCGGUGGUAAUGCGUCACAAUUCCCGGCGGUACGCCGAUUGCUAGCGCUCAUGCGUCCUGAGUCGCGGCGAAUUGGACUUGCUUUGACUCUCCUGUUUAUUGCCUCCAGUGUGUCGCUCUCUGUGCCGUUUACGAUCGGCAAGGUCGUUGACUUCUUCUCGUCACCAGGUGCAACACUGCCGCUGGGCCUCAGCAUGUCGACCGUUGCAAUCCUACUGCUCUGUGUCUUUGCCACAGGCGCCGUUGCUCGUGCGAGCUCGAACAUUUUGCUCGAGCUCACGGGUGUGCGUGUGAUUCAGCGCAUGCGUGAACGAGCAUUUGCGAGUGCAUUAAGGCAAGAUGUCGCUUUCGCUGACAAGGGCGCUGGCGACACUGUGAGUCGGAUCAAUAUGGACUGCAACCUUGUGGGCGGCGCGAUUACGACCGAUUUGGCCGACGGACUCCGCUCCACGCUCACUGUCGCUGCUGCAUGCUCGGCUAUGUUCUAUAUUUCGACCAAGCUAACAUUGGUGAUGAUGCUGGUGAUCCCUCCAGCCGCGCUCGGUGCAGCGUUCUAUGGACGCUUCCUGCGCAAUCUGACGAACCAGACGCAAAAUGCUGUCGGCGAGAUGACUCGUACGGCCGAAGAGCGCUUGUCGCCGCCGGCGUUCCGCACGAUCACGGCCUGCAACAUGCAGGAGACCGAGUCGAGGCGAUUUGAUGCAAAAGUGCGUGACAUUACCGCGCUGCAGACGAAGGAGGCUUAUGCCGGUGGCAUAUUCCACUCAGGUCUCGGGUUUGUAGGCAAUUGUGCUAUUGUCACACUCCUGACGUAUGGUGGACACCUCGUGAGCCUUGGACAGCUUACAGUGGGUGAUCUGACGUCCCUGCUCAUGUACACGGCAUACCUGGGUGGCGGUGUAAUGCUUAUGACGAGCUUCUUCACAUCGCUGAUGAAGGGCGUCGGUGCCGGUGCGCGUGUCUUUGGCUUGCUGGACCGGACGCCUAUGAUUCGCUUGGGUGUUGGCGAAAAGCUCGACAGUUCGCACAUUGACAAACGCGGUGCUCGCAUCCAGUUCGAUGAUGUGCACUUCCGGUACCCCAGCCGGCCCGACAUGCCGAUCCUGGCCGGCGUCAACGUCGAUAUUCAGCCAGGGACGAGUGUAGCGUUAGUUGGCGGCUCUGGUGCCGGCAAGUCGUCGAUGCAUGCUCUCAUGAUGCGCUUCUACGAGCCAGACGCUGGAACUGUGCGUCUGGACGGUCACGAUAUUCGCACAUACACACCCGAGUCACUUCGCUCCGUCAUGAGUAUCGUCCCGCAGGAACCAGUGUUGUUUGAAGGCACGAUCGCCGACAAUAUCACAUAUGGCACUUCUGGCGUGACUCGUGAGCAGAUGGAGCGUGCAGCUCAAGCAGCCCAUUGCAUUGAGUUUGUGAGGACGAUGCCGCAAGGUUUCGACACGGUCAUUGGGCCCCGUGAGCUCAGUGGUGGCCAACGGCAGCGCAUCGCCAUUGCGCGCGCGCUUGUACGUGAGCCGAGUGUGCUUCUGCUCGAUGAAGCGACAUCGGCACUCGACUCGGCGUCAGAGCUUUUGAUCAACGAGGCCAUCACGUCGAUCAUCAAGAAUGGUCGCACGACGGUGUGGAUUGUAGCUCAUCGUUUGAGCACUGUGCGUGCCGCCGAUACCAUCAUGCUGCUGGAGAACGGCCACAUCGCUGAGAUGGGCUCAUUUGAGCAGCUGGAUCAGCCGGGCACGCGCUUCCGCUCGCUCAUGCAGUCUCAGCUGAGUGCGCCCACUUCGACGGCAUCCACCACGUCGACAGGGCGAGCAUUCCCACCCUCCAACGCGCGUUCCUAUUCGACAAUGCUGCCGCACUCGCCGUUACGUCGAAGACAUGUGCCUCAGACCCCUGCAUGGAGCGUGAAUGAUGCACUUGCAUCCUCGCUUGAAAAUGAGCAUGCAAAGCCCACGCUAGAUCAUGCCAAGUUGGAGCGCUUGCACCGACUAGCUGCUCUUGACCUGCCAGCAGACAAGGACAGUAUGCAGCGGCUAUGUGCCGAGCUCGAGACUCUUGCUGCAGUCAUGCAUUUGGCACACCAGCUUCCUGAUGAUGCGUCGCUUGACGAAAUACCGAAUGAACCGCCCAUCACUACGGUUCGUGGAACUCGGCAACGCUCGCAGCCUGACGAGGGCACACAGCCCAUCCCUCGUUCCACUCUGGAAGCAGGGGGUGGUCAGUGGCGCGCCGGGUACAUUGUAUCCAAAUAA